UUAUGUAAGCCAGGGCCAGGGUUUUAAAAAUGGCGGACUGGGCCAACCUAUUAGAGGAAACAGAUGUGGCGAUAGCGAAGGAGGUAGAUAAGAUACACAUCACAGAAGACAGUAACAAGUCAGAGGAACCAACACCCCCUGCCCCUGCAGCUGCUGCUGUUGCUGCUGCUGCUGUUGCUACAGAGAACACACCUGAAAAUCCCUCUGAGGACCCUGAGAAGUUGAAAGCAGAGAACUCCUUCUUUACAAAAGUAUUGCGGAGUCAGCUAGUUGAGUCGAAAACGGAAGUAGAGAUCCAGCAGCGGGACCCUAACUCACCCCUAUACUCUGUAAAAACAUUUGAGGAGCUCAAACUGAAGACAUCUCUGUUAGAGGGUGUAUAUGGUAUGGGGUUCAACAAGCCUAGUAAGAUUCAGGAGACAGCUCUUCCCAUGCUCAUGUGUGAUCCGCCCCAGAACAUGAUUGCUCAGUCACAAAGUGGGACAGGGAAAACAGCAGCUUUCGUUCUGGCUACUUUAUCCAGGAUAGAUGAGGCUGCUAAAUAUCCACAGGCUCUAAUUUUAGCACCAACGUACGAGCUAGCAUUACAAAUCGGGGAAGUGUUACAGAGGAUGGCAUCCAGAACAGAGAUAGUGGUGGAACAUGCUAUCAGAGGCAAAAGAUAUGCACGAGGCACAAGGAUAGGAGCCCACAUUAUAGUGGGAACCCCGGGAACCACAGUUGACUGGGUCUUCAAACUGAAGUUCUUUGAUCCGAGGCAGUUGAGAGUGUUUGUGUUGGAUGAGGCUGAUGUUAUGGUUUCCCAGCAGGGCCAUCAGGAGCAGAGCAUCCGUAUAAAGAAAACGCUAGAUCCUCGCUGUCAAUGUCUUCUCUUCUCCGCAACAUACGAGGAAGAUGUCAUGAGAUUCGCUCAGACUGUCAUACCAGACCCAAUACUGAUAAAACUGAAAAGAGAAGAACAGUCUUUAGACACCAUCAAACAGUUCUAUGUGAUGUGCAACAACGAGAGUGAGAAGUACGAGUCCCUGUGUAACAUCUACGGUACAAUAACAAUCGGACAGACUAUGAUAUUCUGUAAGAUGAAAACAACAGCUACAUGGUUGUUGAAGAAGAUGGCUGAAGAUGGUCAUGCAGUGGCUAUGUUAACAUCAGAUAUCUCUAUAGAGGAUAGGCUGGUUACAUUAAACAGGUUCCGCGAGGGAAGAGAGAAAGUUCUGAUUACCACUAACGUUUGUGCACGUGGGAUCGACAUCGAGCAGGUCACAGUUGUUAUUAACUUCGAUCUGCCUAUUGUCCAUGGUUCAGGGACCCCAGAUAUGGAAACCUAUUUACACCGAAUAGGUCGGACUGGAAGGUUUGGUAAGAAGGGUAUAGCUAUUAACUUUGUGGACAACGCGGAAACCCUAAGGAUGAUCAAACAGAUUCAGAAUUACUUCAACAAAGAGAUAGUAAAGCUAAACACUGACGAUUCAGACGAGAUCGAGGGUCUUGUCUGCUGACAGAUCUAAUCUAUCAACUAGGACUCUAAAUUUACUAGCUAGAACUCUAAACAUACUAGCUAUUCUGUUACUUUCGCGCGUUUCUUAACAGGAGUGUAAGGAAUGUGACUGAUAAUACAUUUUCUACUAAUUGAGAAGUGUGAGUUUGAAAUAUUGCCGAUUAUUUCUGCUAAUAUAUAACACUGAUAAAAGUUAAUGUUAAUCAAUUAAUUAAUUAAUCAAUAACCCGAUUUGAGAUGGUCACAUUGACAGUUGUUUCACACUGUUCUCAAUUUGUCGGACUCAGUUUAGUUGUAUAAUAAUGUUAUAGUGCACCGAUUUCUAAUCGGCGGUUGAGAUCUCCGAUAAUUAUAUUAGAGGGUCCAUUAGAGAGUCUUGUGCCCGAUACUACUAGGCUAGAAUUGAUUGAAAGUGGGAUUGAUGUUAUGUGUAUUUUGAUCAGAUGAUCUAACUGAAAACCUCUGAAAAAUCGGCGCACUAUACACUAUAGAUGUACCAUUGUACAUUGUACAUUGUACAUGGCUUGUUUUAUAAUGGAAUGAGCGGGUAUUCCACCUCGGUUUAUUUUAGUUUAACCACAAUUUAUUAUCUUGGCAUGGACAACUUUUUUAGAAGUAACGUUAUUAUUUUAUAAAAAAUGUUAAAAUUUCAAAAUCGGUCCUAAGUUAUUUUGUCCACAUGAUAUCUUGACAAAUAUUUCAAGAAAAUAAGUUCUACAUUUUGUAAAUUAUUGUUCUCGCGCUCUACUCCGUCACAAAAAGUUGUAGUUUAAAAACCAAAUAAAUGGUAAUUUUUUCAAAUCUACUUGAAAGUGUGAGAGUGCUUAUUUUGCCUUUGAUAUAAAUUUCAAGGUUUAAUCACUGAAUUGUAGUGGUUUCAAAACGUACCGGUAGGACUUCCUUUAAAGAGAAAAAUUGUUGUCAAUUAAAGUGUAAAGAGUUAAGGAAACCCGUAUUCUUGAAAUAAAAUUGUAGAAGUGAUAAACUUGUAUGAAGGCGCCCUUUUUGCUUUUGAAGUAGGUUUCUGCAUUCGGACUAGUCAAUUAAUACCCUUGUUAUACUUAUAUUUGUUGUAGACAUAAUAUUAAGAUAAGAAGACUUGUGAAAAUUACAUCAAAACGACCGAUUGAAAUACAAAAUAGUGCAUCAUGCAUGUUAAUUUCUGUUCUCCAGAAAAA